AUGACGCUUGUCGACGACUUCUCCGAGUACGUCGCGGCGCUCGACGACUACAACGGGCGGCUCGCCGACGACUACUUCGACCACAUCCAUUCUCCCACUGGUUUGAUUGCUCGCUCGAGCCCCAAAGGCCCCAGCGCCCCUGACACCAGCCUCUCCUCCACUAGCCUUGACCACGGCCCCCAAGUAGCACCACAGACCCACUUCCUCGCCGGCGACAGCUCGGGCGGCAACAUGGUUCACAACGUGGCCCAGCGCUGGGCGUCCAUGUCGGCGGCGUCACCUCCCAUCCGCCUCCGCCUGGCCGGCGCCAUCAUGAUCCAGCCAUUCUUCGGCGGGGAGGAGCAGACGGAAGCCGAGAUGGUCUUCGAGAAGGCCAGCCGCAUAAUUACGAUCGUGCGAGCGGAUCACUACUGGCGGGAGUUCCUGCCGGAGGGCGCCACCCGAGACCACCCGGUGGUGCGCGUGUGCGGCGACGGCGUCGAGCUCGCCGAGGCGUUCCCGCCGGCAAUGGUCGUGGUCGGCGGGUUCGACCUGCUCAAGGACUGGCACGCGAGGUACGUGGAGACGCUGCGCCGGAAGGGGAAGGUGGUGAGGGUGGUCGAGUGCCGGGAUGCCUUCCAUGGCUUCUACGCGUUCCCGGAGCUCGCCGAUUCCGGCAAGCUCAUCGAGGACAUGAAGCUCUUCGUCGACGAACAUAGGUCCAAGCAUUCAUUGCUAUAG